AUGUUUUGGUUAAAACGUCAGAUAUUAAACGUCUUGGUAUUCUUACCCUUAUCAAAAAAGGAUGAAAAUGUCACCUACGCAUACAAUCCUUUUGUAUUAAACAAUGACAGUGUUAUUUCAGAACGAGGUAAACUCGAGUCCAUUAACGUUAUAUCAAAGGAAGACAUAUUUCAAUGUUUAUCAACGUUAAAUCAUCGUCGUACGAAUAAUUUGUAUGGAUACAAAUUAAACGUAGGUCUCUUUCAACAAUAUCAAACAUUAAUGAAAACUCAAGAGAUACCAUUAAAAGGCUCAGUUUAUGAAUAUUCUCUGGGAUAUAUGGGUACCAAUGCAAUGAUCAUGGGAACAAUCGCUAAAUAUAUGAAUUUUACGGCUAAUGAGAUCAAUCCAGAUGAUAGAAUUAAAUUUGGACACGAGUUACCAAAUGGUACUUUAGUUGGAACUUUAGGUGAUAUUGCCUAUGGCAGAGCGGAUGUAACAUUUGCGUCUUUUUUCGUCAAACCCUAUAGCAAGAAUAAACAUAAUUUUGAAUUUACCAGCCAGACGGGAUAUGACAGCAUCUGCGUGUUCGUACCUAAAGCUCGGAAAAUACCGAAAUGGCUUCGAAUACAUCACAUAACAAAAAUUUUCGAUCGAAUAAAGCUCGCUUACAAAGUAUUCCAAUUCACCGUUGGAUUUCCAACGAAAUUACCACGUUCCUGUCCGGAAAGAAUACUUUUAUCUACUCUCUCAAUCACAAACGUUACAAUAGCUGGAUUGUUUGGAGGACUAUUGUACAAAAGUUUAACCAACGAUAUAUAUUACAAAGAUAUCGAUUUAUUAUCUGAAUUAGAUGCUUCCGGAUUACCAAUUGUUUUUAUGAAAUACAAUUUAGUGGACGUGUUUGCUGACGAAUCUACAGGAUCACCUGUAUUAAAUAAUUUAAGAAAAAAAUAUAAAUAUGGCAUGAGAGCGUUACACGAUGCAUCAUUUUUUCGAAAUGCAAGUGGAUUAAUUAGGAAGAAACAUUAUUAUUUAACUGAACAAAAUUUGUUGAACGAUGAUCUGUCACCUAAAUUACAUCUGGUCAAAGAAUGUCCACGUAAUUAUUAUUUGGCAUAUCCAAUACGAAAGAAUUCGUAUUUGCUCGAAAAGAUCGAUCUUCUAAUUUGCAGAUUACACGAAGCUGGUUUAGUGACAUUGUGGAACAAUCGUACCGUAAUGGAUUUACUUUACCAUGGAAGAAAAGCUUCAUCGAGAACGCAAGUACAUGCGGAAAACAAAUUUGUUCCGUUUAAUUUGGAAGACAUGCAGACACCAUUCUAUUUGCUAAUAGUCGGACUAUUACUGUCAUCAAUCGUUUUCUGCGAUGAGAAAGGAUGGUUCAAGCUAUUCGUCAAAGAUAAAAAAAGACGGCCAAUUGUAUAUACUUAUCCACGUAUAAGUGCAGUUUCAUUCGGCAACAAAAGUACAAGGAAAUGGGGAUUUAUUUUAAGAUGA